AUGCAGCAGGGACAUUCUGGUUUUCUGGUGAAUAAAGGCUCCGAGGUGGACAUAAGACUACUGCAUGAAAAGCCAAUAACCAGCCCACCCUCUCCAUCUCACAGCUUCCUCGCUAGAAGUCCACAGAGGGAACCCACAGCUCAGAGGAAUCACUACCCACGGGAGGCUGCUCUGAAGGCUCAGAAUCACGAGGAAGUUGCAAACGGGUCUCCUGCAGAGAGCCUGGGGACACCCGACAGCCACAGAUUUGGACCCUCUGCCCCUCUGACCACUGGCGCUGAGAUUCAAGACGACUUUGAGCGGGACUUUGGUGAGGGAGACCUUAGCUGCACAGAACUAGAAGAGAAACACAGGAGCCAUCUGGACAAUUUGAGGCAAACCUCCCUCCAGCUGGCUCACAAACUGAAGGCCCAUCAGCUCCAGCAGAAACAGCAACUGGCAGCGCUGAGUGAGAAAGCAAAGCUAGAGGUUCAAGAAAGCCAGAGGUCUUUGAAUGACCUGCUUCAGCACGAUUUAGAGGAGGGCAGUAGUUCCAAAGCUGAUUAUUCUUCUGUGCCAAGACUCGACCAUGCAAAGCAAAAGCAGGGAGGAUAUCAGUCGGAAGGCGACAACGCAGCUGGCGAGAGGUACAGAGGACAGCGUACACUGAGGCAGCUAGAUGGUUUAGCCUGUGGCUUGGUUAUACGAAUGGCUUAGGGCUCCAAUGACACUGCGUGCCAUUUCUGAAAUGGGUGUUUAUUCUGCGUUGCUUGAGAAUGGCUUACA